CAGGAAGCGUGGUGCAUUUGAACAAGCAGCAGCGGCGAACGAUGAAGCCUAUCUUUGGGAAGAUUGUGAGCGAUAAGAUGCAGAAGAGCGUCCUCGUCGCCGUCACACGCAUCGUGAAGGACCCGACGUACGGCAAGUACUACAAGAAGACAAAGAAGUUCAUGGCCCAUGACGAAGAGAACACGUGCAACAUUGGCGACAUGGUGCGCAUCAGUCAAACGCGUCCGUUGAGCAAGCGAAAGCGCUGGAAUGUUGAGGAGAUCUUGAAGAAGGCUGAAAUUUAAGGCAUCAUCCCUAUUCAUUGUCCAUAGCAACAUGCAUGCGCGUGGAGCAAGUGCAUACACUAACGAGAAAUCCGUCGUCGCGUCCAUG